AGAACAUCCUUUCUAACAGGAAGUUCCUGCGCAGCCCUUGUCAUGUGGUUACUAGUGGCAACAGGUCUUCUCCUUCAUACUUGUUGGUCUCUAGGAGACAUUGAUCAUGUACCUUUAAAGGAGAAAGAAGAGGGGAGAGAGGUUUUCAAUGGAAUGCCACAAAUUCCGGAGCUAGCUCCGAGUAUCAAGGACCCUGCCAAAUGGAAAAAUGGAACAAGAAUGAUUUUUUUUUACACUCCAUGGUGCUCGUACAGUGGUGCUGCCCGCCCAGUUUUAUAUGCUCUUAUUGAACAGAUCUAUCUUCAUAACAUAUCUAGUAUGUUUAUCGGACAAAUUGAUGUAUCAAUUCAUAGUGAUGUUGCUAGAACAUUUCGUAUCAAGGCCACACCCACAAUACUCAUGUUUAGGAAUGGAAGUAGAUACGAGUUUAUUGAAGAACUUAGUCUUAAAAAUUUACUUAAAUUUGUACUUAGAAUAAUGAGUCCUCCAUUGGUUGAGGUUAACACUAGCAGUGAAGUCAAGGAGCUUCAAAAAUCACAUAAAGUUCUAUUCUGUUUGGUGCAUGAUCAUGAAAUACAUGAAGAUUGGCAAGCUAUAUAUCAACAAGUGGCACAAGAGAGGAUUCUGAUUGGUCAGUUCCUCUAUACUACGAAUCCCGAUAUUACUAACGAACUUGGGCUCANAUUAUCAUCAUUACCUGGCAUUGUGGCAUUAAAGGAUGACAACUUGUAUCAAUAUCAAAACGCAAUGUCAAAGUAUCGCUUGACAUUGUGGGUGGAGUCUGAGCAGUUUCCUGCCCUGCCCACUGUUAAUGCUAGUUCUUUAAGAUAUUUCACAAGUACAGGAGCUGUAAAACGUCUUGUAGUGCUUCAUGUUAAUGAGGACCAAAGCAGACCAAUCCCUCAGAAGAAGGCGUAUGAAGCUGUACGUCGUGUGGCUCUAAGUCGUAAAGUUCACAGUGGCUAUCAGUUCCUUGUUCUUGAAAAUAAAGAUAUUAUUGAGAAAAUAGUUUCGACAACUGUCUCUCCUCCUUUUCUGUUUGUAUGGGAGCAUCACACUGGAUACUACUUCACUUAUAAUAAUGAAGAAAAGUCAUUUACUGAGAAAGGAGUGUCGUCAUUUCUUUACUCAGUAACUGCUGGUAAAAUAACGGCUGAAGGUGGUCCAGGCUUUAUGAGCAGUUUAUAUAAUUGGUACUGGUGGCUUUAUAACUUGUUUCAGAUAAUGAUUUCUCAUCGUCCUUUCUUGUCACUGAUAGCCAUCUUGUUGUUCAUAUUUGGGUUUUCAAUGUGUGCAUAUAAUUAUUAUACUAGACCAAAAUUUGAUCAUAAAAGGAAAGAAGCUAUUGCACGAGCUAGGGCCAAGCAUAGGGAGAAUCUGAGGAGGAAGAAGAUAGAAAGGGAGAAAGAAAAGGAGCAAAAGAAAGCAGAAAAAGAGAAGGAGAAGGCCAAGGAUAAAGAAGAAGAGAGGAAUGAAGAGGAAAUCAGAGAGGAUGAGGAAAGUUACAGUGACUCUGUUACUGAAGAAGAAUCUGAAGUGGAGGAAGACAUUCAAGACAAAAAGAACAAGUGGGGUUUUAUCUUAGCCACGCCUAUUCAACCCCGCCUUCAAACCACGUGGUGUGGAAUGCUCAGGAGAAGAAAGAAGCAACUCUUAAAGGCUCGUCUAAAGGCCAAAGUAGCAGAAAAGCAACAUAAAAAGAGAAAGAAGGUAGUUCAGAGUACCGUUUCAAUUGAGGAGCCAAAAGCUGUAAAAGGAGGAGAGGCGUGGUCAUCUCUCGGUCUCCAUGACACCAUUGUGAGAUCAUUAGUGGAUAGACUAGGAUUCAGCACACCAACUGAAAUACAGCAGAAAGCAAUUCCUCCAGCCAUUAAUGGGAAGCAUGACAUUAUUGGGGCUGCCGAGACGGGAUCUGGUAAGACGCUAGCAUUUGGCCUUCCAGUAUUAAACUACAUACUAACCAACAGACAGCAGACCCAUCAUGUUCCUACUAAUAAAGUCUUGAAAAGUCACAAGAACAAAGUUCAAGAGGAACAACCUGAUUCUGAUGGCAUCAUUGACUUAAAUCAAGUGACCAUCAGUACUGACUUUGAUGAAGACUGGAGUGAGACUGAGCUUGACAAGAAUGAGAAUGAAGAAUCCGAGUAUGAGAAUGAAGAAUCUAAUCCUGAGAAUGAGGCAGCUGAAGAUAAUUGGGAAUUGGAACCAUCAAUGGCAAAGAAAUCCAAGCUGAUAUAUUGCGAGGAUGAUAUACCUGAUGAGAUGUUUAAGUCAAUGAUUGAGGAGAGCUCUGUUGCAAUAGAACCUGCCAUUGAUUCUUCUGAAGCUAGUGCAACAGGAAAGUAUAGGAAUGGAAGUCUUGUUGCUUUGAUUUUAAUGCCAACACGAGAGCUAGCACUCCAGGUUGUGGAACACAUCAAGGCAGCUGCUUAUUACACUAAUAUUAAAGUUUGUGCUGUUGUGGGUGGGAUGUCAUCAGAGAAGCAGGACCGUCUGCUUAAGUUAUGCCCCGAGAUUGUCGUUGGUACUCCUGGAAGAUUGUGGCAGAUGAUGAAGGAGGAGGAAUGUCCUCAUCUCAAUAAUUUCAGUCAGUUGAGAUUUUUAAUCAUUGAUGAGGCUGACCGUAUGAUUGAGCAGGGACACUUUCGUGAAUUGACACUGAUUCUAGAGAGACUCUCGUCUCAAGUACUGAGCGAUAAAUAUCAGACAAUGGUGUUCUCUGCCACUCUGACUCUACCACGUAGAAAGAUUGGUAGGAAGAGGAAGAGCAAGAUGAGUGGAGAAGAGAGCAUUGAAAAUGUCAUCUUGAAGGCAGGUUUAUCAGAGACUGCUGUCACAAUUGAUCUCACCCAUAAGCAUGGGACAGUUGAAAGAAUUGAAGAAUCAAAAAUAAUCUGCACCACGGAUGAAAAGGAUAUGUACCUCUAUUAUGCACUACUGAUGUACACUGGCCGUGUGUUAGUAUUCACUAACAGUCUUGAUUGUCUCAAUCGUUUAAAGUCUUUAUUGGAGCUGUUGAAAUUCUCUCCUCUCCCUCUGCACGCUCGAAUGCAACAAAGGCAGCGCAUUAAGAACCUUGAAAGAUAUUCAAAUGAUCCUAAUGGUUUAUUACUAGCAAGUGAUGUUGCUGCUAGAGGAUUGGACGUACCUCAAGUUGAGCACAUUAUUCAUUACCAAGUGCCAAAGAGCACCGAAAUAUAUGUUCACAGGAGUGGUCGUACAGCUCGUGGGAGAGUUGCUAGUGGUUCUAGUCUAUUGCUGAUUGGACCUGAUGAUCUUCAGAGCUAUAAGAACAUAUGUCAAACUUUAAACAGAGAGAAUGAUUUACCUAACUUUCCAAUCAACUUGUCAUUAUUGAAACCGCUGAGAGAGAGACUAAAACUAGCAAAGAAGAUUGAUGUUGAUCAUCACAGAAUACGCAAGGAUUCUUAUAGUCAGAACUGGUUGAAGAAGACAGCAGAAGCAAUGGAUAUUAUACUUGAUGAGGAGUUAGUUAAAGAGGCCCAAAAGAAGGAGGAAUGCAAUAAGCCAGUCAAGAAGCUACUCCAGACAUAUAAAUCUCAAUUAAAUCAACUGCUGGAUCAAGAUUUAUCUCAUCAUCUUGUAGUACCAAACUUUCCAUCAAGCCAAUGAGUGACAAACUUAAAGACUUAUAAUUAUUGAUAACUAGAAGAA